AUGGCUGUCACGCACAUCGAGUCGCAGGCACAGUUCAAGGACCUGCUCAAGUCCACCAAAUACGUCAUUGCUGAUUUCACUGCCACGUGGUGCGGUCCCUGCAAGGCCAUCUCCCCCUUCUACGAGAAGCUCGCAACUCAGCACGCCAAGAAGGGCAAGCUGGCCUUCACCAAGAUCGACGUCGACGACCUCGCCGAAAUUGCUGAGGAAUAUAGCGUGACCUCAAUGCCCACCUUCCUUUUCUUCGCCGACGGCGAAUUGUCCAGCGACUUUAGCAAAGUCCUCGGCACGAACCCAAAGAUCCUGACCGAGAGAGUUGAGGCGCUGGCUAAGGCGGCCAACGAAUAG